AUGGCGGACGAGUACAUCAACGCUCUGAACCUUAAACCUCUUCCAUUAGGAGGUUAUUACGUGGAAUCCCUAAAUGCAACAACUAAAGUUCAACCCCUAGAUAGCUCGGGGCGCCAAGUAAGGGAUGCGUAUUCGGUAAUUUAUCUUCUCCUAAGGGGAUCAGACAUAAACGCGUGGCACAAAAUGAAGUCAGGGGAGACAUAUUUCCAUCACUUGGGCAGCCAUAUCAUCUUACACAUGAUACAUGAGGAUGGCAGAUACGAGACCAAAAUUAUUGGGGACCCACUGAGGGAUAAUAAAGCCAGAUUUCACUGUCAUGUGCCAAAGAACGUCUGGUUUGCUUUAGAGCUUGAAGACAAGAGUGGCUUAUGCGUGUUCAGUGAGGCAGCUGGCCCAGGCUUUGACUAUGAGGACUUAGAAAUUGGCGAUAGCGACAAGAUGAUUGAAAUGUUCCCACAGCAUAAAGAGAUCAUCGAAAAAUUUUGUUUAAAGUAG